AUCAUGUUUUAGUUCACAAUUGUUUACAAAACCUCUGCUUGUUUCUGCACGAGCUGCCUCUGUUUUUAAUCUUAAGCAAAACUAACCCGAUUCAACCACGGAGUGAAUCAUCUUCUUGAAUACACAAUCUUUGGCUGGUGUGUACAGCGGCUGCAAAUCGGGCGUGAGGGAGCAGACGUGAGGCGAGGAAGUCUGAAACCUGCAGCUGUUGGGAGCGCAGGAUAAUCAUGGAUAAACCCGAAAACCCGCCGCUGUAGGGUCGAUCGGGCCGCUCCCGAGCCGGAGGACAGGCGGAGAAAACUUUAGAAACCCCCGCUGCAAAGACCGGGACGGCGGAGGGCUUCCUCCGGUCCCUCCCUGCUGGAAGAAAUGUGGCUGAACCCGGAGGAAGUUCUGCUGAAAAACGCUCUGAAGCUCUGGGUGACCGAGAGGAGCAACGACUUCUUCCUCCUGCAGAGGAGGAGAGGCCACGGAGAGCAGACAGGCAGGUUCACAGGUCUCCUAGUGGGGGCGCUGGACACAGUGCUGGACUCCAAUGCCAGGGUCACACCCUUCCGCAUCCUCCUCCAGUUUCCCGGCUGCCAGAUCAGCUGGGUAAUCGCCAGUGGAGCUGCCAUAGAGGAGGUGAACAAGCACUGGGACUGGCUGGUCCACAACCUGCUUCACUCUCUGUCUGUGUUUGAGAACAAGGAGGAUGUUGCCAGCUUUGUCAAAGGAAAAGUCAAGGGCCUUAUUGCAGAGGAGGUUCGGGGUCGCCAGGCCGCCCAGGAGGAGGAACCGGAGAAGUUCAGGGAGGCGCUGCUGAAGUUCGAGCUGCACUUUGGCCUCCCUUCGUCAGAGAAACUGGUGACGUACUACUCGUGCUGCUGCUGGAAGGGCCGGGUGCCUCGGCAGGGCUUCCUCUACCUCAGCAUCAACCACAUGGCCUUCUACUCCUUCCUGCUGGGGAAGGAAGUCAAGUUUGUGAUUCCCUGGGCGGAGGUGACACGGUUGGAGCGGGUCUCCACCGGUCUGAUGACAGAGGCUAUCCGGGUCAACACACGGCAGCGGCAGAGGGAAUUUUCCAUGUUCCUGAACCUGGACGAGGCAUUCGGGGUCAUAGGUCAGCUGGCUGACAUUGCCCUCAGGCGGCUGCUGGACAGCGAAGGCCUGGAGCUGGACCGAGUCCUGCAGCAGCCCACACGCAUCAGCAAGAGGAUCCUAGAGGAGCAAGCAUUAAGGGAGUACGUCCUGGCUCUGUUUCGGCUCCCUCGUGGUGAAAGACUCCAUGAGGUGGCCUCCUGUUCGAUAUGGACACCACAUGCACGCUGCCACACAGCCGGGACUCUCUACACCACUGACAGUUAUCUGUGUUUCUCCAGCCGAGAGGAAGGCAGCUGCAUCCUGCUCUUACCCCUCUCAGAGGUGCUGUCCAUAGAAAAAGCGGAGAGCACCAGUCUGCUUCCCAACCCCGUCAUAGUGAGUGUUCGGACUAAGAAGGCUUUCCAGCUGAUCGAGCUGCAGGACAGAAACGAGCUGGUCGAGAGCCUGAACUGCAGACUCCGAGCUCUGCAGUGGAAACAGUCCAUGUUCCGCAGCAGGAAAGACAGCAAGAGAAGUGUGAGCUCCCCGACACCCUAUUAUACCUUCUACUAUGACACCGGGCUCCCCGAUGAAGAAGAGAUAGAGGAGCAGGUUCUGCGUAACACCGUCAACAGUGAGGCUCUGAUGACAGCCUUCCACCAAAACCAACCAGGAACCAACAGCAACAAGAGCAUGGAGCAGGAGAAGGAGCGGCUGUGGGAGGAUCAUUUCUCUGAGUUCGGUCGUGGCGUCCACAUGUUCCGCACAGACAAGAUCCAAAAACUUGUUGCCAUGGGGAUACCAGAGUCUCUGCGAGGGGAGCUGUGGAUGACACUUUCUGAUGCGUCCUCGGAGCUGGAGUCCCAUCAGGGCUAUUACACCAGCCUGGUGCAGAAGUCGAUGGGCCAGAGCAACCUGGCCACAGAGGAGAUUGAGCGGGACCUGCACCGUUCUCUGCCGGACCAUCCCGCCUUUCAAAACCCCACCGGCAUCGCUGCACUGAGACGUGUCCUCACCGCUUAUGCUCACCGCAACCCCAAGAUCGGAUACUGUCAGUCUAUGAACAUCCUGUCGUCGGUGCUGCUGCUCUAUGCCAAAGAAGAAGAAGCUUUCUGGCUGCUGGUGGCUGUUUGUGAGAGGAUGCUGCCUGACUACUUCAACCGCAGGGUCAUAGGAGCUCAGGUGGACCAGUCAGUGUUUGAGGAGCUGAUCAGGGAGCGUUUGCCAGAGCUGGCCGAACACGUUCCAGACCUCUCCGCCCUCUCCUCAGUCUCCCUCUCUUGGUUCCUCACCCUCUUCCUCAGCGUCCUGCCGUUCCACAGCGCCGUCUGCGUGGUCGACUGUUUCUUCUUCCAUGGAAUCAAAGCCAUCUUCCAGUUGGGUUUGGCAGCGCUGGAGGCCAAUGCUCCACAGCUCUCUUCCAGCACAGAUGAUGGACAGGCACUUAUGAUUCUCACAAGUUUUCUGGACCAGGUUGGAAGUGAAGAGUCGUCUUGUCUUCCGUCCUCGCCGCCUGCUGCAGAGGAGACUGAUAUUCCCGCUGUGGGACACACAAACAUCACUGACCUCAUCAACGAGUCGUACGAGAAAUUCGGAGACCUGACGGUGAGGCAGAUUGAGAGGCUUCGCUGUCGACACAGAAUCCUAGUGCUGCAGGCUCACGAAGACAUCACCAAAGAAAACACUACCUCCAUCUCUUCCCUCUGUGUGUCUGUCCAGUUGAGACUGGUGACUCAAGAUGUCUCCAUCUCUCCAGAGAACUUGGCUGAUGUCUACGACCUGUUCAAGACGGAGCACUUCAUCAGUCUGUACUGGGGAGACAGUAGCUCUGCAGCAGCAGCGGCGGAGGCGGCAGCAUGGCGUUACGGUGACUCUGGUCACUCCUACAUAGAGAGGCAGUACCGGCUGGACAGGCCCCAGUUCAAGAGCCUGUAUGGGCUGCUGGCGCCGUGGCCCGGCAGCUCGAACCAGCACGCCGACACGAUGGCCAACCGCACCUUCACCCUACUGGACCAGGACCGCGAUAACCUGGUCACCUUUAGAGAGUUUGCCGGCUGGCUGGACACUUUGUACUGUGAAGAGCUGAAUGAGAAAAUAAGGCUGCUGUACCGUCUGCACAUCCCACCAGCUCUCACAGAAAGUGAGGAUGAUCCCUCUCUGAUAAGGAGCCCCCUGCUGUCCACAAACAGACCCCUCUAUGUUAAUCUGCCCUCUGGUGUUGAUGAAGUGCAAGAUUACCAGGAGCAGCUGAAGCAGAUGCUGCAGGAUCUGGCCAAAGAGAAGGAGAAAGAUGUGGAGAAGCCUCUGCCACUCAUGAACCAGCGCGAGUUCAUCCAGUUCUGUAAAACGCUCUACAGCAUGUUCCACGGCUACCCAGAGGAGAACGACCUCUUCCAGGCCAUCGCUACGGUAACAAGUCUUGUGCUGCAGAUCGGCGAGGCUGGCCACUGUGGACACACCUCGGGGUCAGAGGUCACCAGCCAAGAGGAGGCAAAAGGAGCGGGACAGGUGACUGCUGAAGAUGCUGGGAGUUCGGCGGCAGAGAAAGAGUGGACAGUCAGCUACGCUCAGAUCCUGGCCUCGCUGCUGACCGAACAGGCGCUGGUGAACUUCUUUGAGAAGCCGGUGGAUCUGUCUGCAAAAAUCUCAGAGGCCAGGGAGAAGCAGUAUCACCAACGGGCAGGUUUGCUCACACUGCAGCAAGGGACCAGCUGACUCAAAUGUGAACAGUGGAUUCUUAUGAGCCACGACACGAGCCAAACCACAAUAUCAGUGUGAUUUGACACAAUGCGACAGAAUGCAGCUGCUUCAAAUUCAGAAGCUAGCCAGGAAGCUAAACAGCCUUAAAUGUAUGUGACAUUUGUUAUAUCAAUAGUAUGUAGGCACUGCAACCACCCUGGCAACACAAGAGCCCGGGACUCCCUCACCUGCUUUGACCUCUAACUGACAACAGAAAGGAGUUUUUUCCAAAACAUUUUGAGCCAAAAAAGACAGUUUUCAAGCUCCAAAUCUCAGCUGCUGUCCCCAUAAUGGUCGACUCACUGGCCUCACAUUGGUAACAUCAGAAGAUGCGGUCAUUUUGUGCUAUGGGCCUGGAGAAAUUAUAACUAUUGCCGCCUUAUGUCACGAGGAUGCCUGUAGUUAAACUGUAUUGUGUUGACAAAUAAUCCGUCACCACUUUCUAAUACGGCACCCUUUAUAAAGUAUUUAUAAGUUGUGACUAAUUACUUUAUUAAAUGCUAAUACAAAACAUCUCUGUCCUUCAUAGUCAAGUCAUUAAUAAUGUAAUUAAUAAAGGGUAAUGAAUGGCUCACUUUCUAAUAAGCCAUUAAAUCUGUAGUUACAGAUAUUAAGAUAACAGCCAAAGUUAGUAAUUAAAAAUGUAAAUAAGUUAAUAAUAAUUUUACAACUACCAAAAGUCUUUAUUUGUAAAUGUUAACAAGUUGUUAAUAAAUUAAUUUUGAUCCAGAAGGUCAGAGGUCAAACAGUCCACAUGCAGCCGGUUACCUGAUGAACUAAAGAGCUAAAAAGACAAACAAGUAUCAAGCUGGAGGAGGAUGAAUUACCAGACAGACAGAUUUUCACAACCCGGCAACCCAAAGUUUGUUAUUAAGCACUAGUAAAUGAUAAAGCACAGAUAAAGCCAUUAAUUAUAACUUACUGUAUAAAACCAUUUUAUUAAGGUUGCCUGAUUAGAAAGUUGUACCAAUAAUCCCUACAAAGAGCGGUGCAGCAUUAAGGACAAAUCUAGCAUGCAUUCGGUGUUCUUUUUUAUUGAUUUUUAUAAAUUCUGUUUUCACUUGCACACACCACAAAGAUAUAUAUUUUUUUUUACUUUUUCAAAUUUACAGUGAUCUAAAACAGCUGCAGAAAAAAGACAACCCUGCUGGAAUUGUCCUUUUUAAUAAAUUAUAUUGCAUAAAGACGUCACUUCUUUUCUCUUCUAAAUAAGCUGAAUUGCCAUUUUGUUUUCUCUUCAUUAUUCAGUCUGACAUUGUGGCCGUUGGAGCUGUUUUCUGUUUGGGAGCAGGUAGCAGUUGCCAGAUGGAGUAAAGUUUGUCAUGCCGGUUGAAUAAAUAUGCAGAUUUCA